GGUAACAAAAUUACAUUUGACUACACUGUCUAACAAAAAUCAUCAGUUGACGGCUGAUUUUUUGCCAGCGGGUUUUCUGCACGGUAUUUUAAUAGAAAAAAGUAUUGAUUAAAUUAUAACAAAUAGCCACACAAAUGUGUUAAAGAAAGUAAAUUGUGUGUAAAAUUAUUAGAAUUAAAGAAAGUCAAUUAAGUGCAACAAAUAAAAGUUUAACAAAAAGUGUAUUAUAACCUAUAAAACAUACAAUAACAACUACAAAAAAACAAAAAUGUCAACUCCACAACAAGCACCAGCACAAUUUUCUUUGCUUCCUAAGAUCAUUAACGGUGGUAUUGCCGGUAUUAUAGGCGUAUCAUGUGUAUUUCCUUUGGAUUUAGUUAAAACUCGUUUGCAAAAUCAACAAGUCGGUCCAAAUGGCGAAAAAAUGUACAAAAAUAUGUUCGAUUGCUUCCGCAAAACAUAUCGUGCUGAAGGUUACUUUGGCAUGUAUCGUGGUUCAGGUGUCAAUAUCCUUUUGAUCACCCCCGAAAAAGCCAUUAAAUUGACCGCCAAUGAUUACUUCCGUCAUAAACUCACUACCAAGGACGGUAAACUGCCCGUUAGUAGCCAAAUGAUUGCUGGUGGUUUGGCCGGCGCAUUCCAAAUUGUUGUUACUACACCCAUGGAAUUGUUAAAGAUUCAAAUGCAAGACGCAGGUCGUGUUGCAGCUCAAGCUAAAUUGGCGGGCAAAACUGUCGAAAAGAUUUCCGCCACUAAAUUGGCUUCACAAUUGUUGAAGGAAAAGGGUAUAUUUGGUUUGUACAAGGGUAUUGGUGCUACCGGCUUAAGAGAUGUUACCUUCUCCAUUGUAUACUUCCCCCUCUUUGCUACACUUAAUGCUUUGGGCCCCAGACGUAAUGAUGGUUCGGGUGAAGCUGUGUUCUGGUGCUCAUUUUUGUCUGGUUUGGCAGCUGGUUCAUUUGCUGCAUUAUUUGUUAAUCCAUUCGAUGUGGUUAAGACACGUUUACAAGCUAUUAAAAAGGCUGAUGGUGAAAAGGAAUUCAAGGGUAUUAUGGAUUGUAUAACCAAAACAAUGAAAUAUGAAGGACCCACUGCCUUCUUCAAGGGUGGUUUGUGCCGUAUGAUUGUCAUUGCUCCACUCUUCGGUAUCGCUCAAAUGGUUUACUUCUUGGGAGUUGCUGAGGGUUUGCUUGGCAUGAACAAAAAGGAAUAAACAAGCAAUUUAUUUAAUAAUUUAAGAACCAAUUUAACUGGAAACGAAUGCAUUUCCAUUAUGUGUCGUCCUAAAUGUACAUCGGAAAUUAAAUAAUGCUAAUAAUAAACUAAUAAUUAAAUAGACGAAAUUUGCCUAAACGUGCUCUCUUUUGAAUGAAUGUAUAAUUGUAUGUUGUUUGUAUAUUGUUCAAAAAUUAUGUUUCAUUAUUUAAGUUAAAUAAUAAUUAAAUGGGUGUUUUUUUUAAUUUGGCUUUUUAAGUCGAAAAUUAUUGUAAAAUUAAUAGUUUAUAUAAAAAAGUGUUACAAACAAUAUAAUACACAUGUAUGUAUGUUUGUGCUAUUCUAAACAAAAAACAAAAUAUCAUAUUUCAUUAAAAACAACAAAUAAAUUCUUAUACAAGACAAUAAACCAUUAUUGAUUAAAUUAAAACUCCUGAAAACAAAAAA